AUAAUCUGUGAUAUUUGAAUUGGAUGGCGGAGACGAGUGGUGCGGCGGUGGAGGAGCAGACGAGGAUGAAGGUGUUGGUUCCGGUAGAUGAGAGUGAGGGGAGUUUGUACGCGCUGAGGUGGGCGGUCGACCACCUCUUUGGUUUCGAACCGCCGGAGCAGGAGCAAGGCGCCCUGACGUUAGUGAAUGUGCAGCCAAUUUUCCAGCCCUUCAUCUAUCCGGCUGGCCCAGUUGUGUACGCAACUCCGGCAGUGAUUGAUUCGGUGAAGAAAGCGCAGGAGCAGAACGCUGCGGCCAUACUCGCGCGAGGCUUGCGCAUCUGCAAAGAGAAGAAGAUAAAGGCAGAAACAUUGAUACUACAAGGAGACGCUAAAGAUAAGAUAUGUGAAGCAGCAGAAGAACUGCACGUUGAUCUCUUAGUGAUCGGUAGUCGUGGGCUUGGCACCAUUAAAAGGGCAUUGCUAGGAAGCGUGAGCAACUACUGUGUGCAUCACGUCCAUUGUCCGGUGCUGGUGGUGAAGCCUCCUCCCAAACAACCUCAUGACUGAAACUGUAUCCAACACCAUUUCCUGUUUGUGUUUACAAUCCUUCAAUAAAUAAUCAUAAUCAACUCUCUGUGAAAUUGCUAUUAGUGAGAUUAUAAGUUGAGUUGCAUCCAUUAAACCUGUGUAGCUAGCCCGCUUAUAGGGGCUACUGGCAAGUACGAAGCUGUCUAGUAUGGAGAUGGUCCUACCUCUAUAACUGUUACUUCAAUGCAAAUCAUAAAUAGGGAGUACAAGUAUGUGACAAACCAUCCUUUAAUCUCUUUUCUUCUCGAGAUAUUCAGGAUUUUGUAUUCUGAGUUAUAUUUCACAAUACAAAAUUAGUGAUUCAACUA